CAACUCUCUUUGCUCAUAUAGUGCAAGAAACAACCCUAUAUUCACGUGUACUUCGAUCUUGCAUUAUCGAUCUCAGCAAUGGUGAUAAUCUGCGGAGCUGGUUUAGCGGUGACAUUUUGGACGCUGUGUGAUUCUGUUAAGCAAGUGAAAGACCAGAUACUGAUGUUCAAACCCCAACUCGGGGAUAUCAAGUCCACUCUGGACUCCUUGCAGCCACUGAUCAAGGAGAUGGCAGAGUGUGAGAAGGAACUGGAUGGUCCAGAGGAGGAGCUAGAGAAUCUUAGAGUGGAAAUGGAGGGAGGAGUGGAGCUUAUUCGCAAGUGCUCGAAAGCGAGCAGGUUCAAGCAGUAUAAGUACGGCAGCAGGCUUGUUGAAUUGAGCAAGUCACUUCAGAGGCUGUUGGGGAUAUUGAAAGUGCAGGGGAUAAGGGAUGUGAAGAAGGCAUUGGUUUCGGUGAGGAACGUUGAGAAUGUGCUGCACAGAAUUGAAGGGAAUUGUGUGAUACAGAACAAUCAGUCUGAAAAAAAUGAAGGGUGGUGUGCUGUGCCUGAGCCUCCAACAAUUACGGUUGGAUUGGAUUUGCCUUUGAGGGAAUUGAAGAUGAAGCUCUUUAAGGACGGAGUGUCGAUGGUGAUACUUACUGCUCCAGGAGGAUGCGGGAAAACUACAUUGGCAACAAAGUUAUGUCAAGAUGCAGAAGUCAAAGAUAAAUUCAAAAGCAAUGUCUUCUUUGUUACUGUUUCAAAGAAGCCCAACUUGUACCUAAUUGUAAAAGAGCUAUAUCAUCGAACGGGUGCCCAGGUCCCCGAUUUCCAAAGUGAAGUAACUUCAGUUAGCUGGCUGCAGAAAUUUCUGAAGCAAACAGGUCAAAAUCCUAUGUUGUUGGUCCUGGAUGAUGUUUGGGCUGGAUCAGAAUUCAUUCUUGAGAAGUUCGAUGAAUUAAAAAUGACAAAUUACAAGAUAUUGGUGACAUCAAGGUCUGCUUUUCCAAGAUUUGGUUCUCCAUAUUUUUUGGAAUGUUUGAACCGCGAAGAUGCAAUGGCACUUUUUCACCAUGCAGCAUCCUUAGGUGAUAGGAGCUCUUAUAUUUCUGAAGAUCUUCCGAGAAAGAUAGUAGAACGUUGUAUGGGAUAUCCACUUGCAAUUACAGUUGUCGGAAGAUCACUUUGCGGGCAGCCAAUAGAGAUUUGGCAAAAAAGAGUGUUGGAAUGGUCUAGAGGUUCUUCUGUUCUUAAGUCUGAACAUGAUUUGCUUGAUUGCCUCCAAAGAAGCUUAGAUGCUUUGGAUGAAGAGAAGUCUCUUAUCAGGGAAUGCUUCAUAGACCUUGGUUUAUUUCCUGAAGAUAAAAGAAUCUCAGCUACUGUCCUCAUUGAUAUGUGGGCAGAGGUAUAUGGCAUAAAUGAGGACAUUUCGUCCAUUGUGAACCUCUAUGAACUUGCCUCUCGGAGUUUGGCUAAUCUGGCAGUCACAAGGAAGGACAACAAGGAUAGUGAUGGCUAUUACACUGAACACUUUGUUACACAGCAUGACAUGCUUAGGGAGUUGGCUAUCCUGCAGAUGAGUCAGGAACCACUGCAACAUAGAAUGAGGCUCAUGAUUGACAUAUGUGGAGACAACCUUCCUAUGUGGUGGAAAGAACAAAAUUAUGAAUCCCUCAUUGCUCGCCUUGUAUCUAUCUCGACAGAUGAAGAGUUCUCAUCUAAAUGGCAAAACUUGCAACUACCAGAGGCAGAGGUUUUGAUUUUGAACUUUCAGACCAAGUAUUAUGCCUUACCAGAGUUUGUGGAGAAAAUGAAUAAAUUGAAGACUCUAGUACUCACAAGUUAUGGUAUCACUCCGGCUGAGUUGAAUAACUUUCAACUAGUUGAUUCAAAACCGAAUCUGAAGAGAAUCAGAUUAGAACGAAUUUCAAUUCCUUCCAUAAGCAGGUAUCCUAUACAGUUGAAAAGUUUGCAAAAGAUUUCUCUAUUCAUGUGUAGAAUUGGCCAAGGUUUUGGUAAUGGUUCCAUCCAUAUAUCAGAGGCGUUUCCAAAUCUUGUUGAAAUGAAUAUUGAUUACUGCAAUGAUUUGGUGGAGUUGCCUCCUCAAUUGUGUGACCUUGUUCAAUUGAAGAAACUCAGUGUCACCAAUUCUCAUAAACUCUCUGCCUUACCUGAAGACAUUGGAAAUCUAGUAAAUUUAGAGCUGUUGAGGCUCAGGUGUUGUACAGACUUGUCAGAGUUACCUGGCUCGGUCAGGAACCUCAAGAAGUUAAACUUGCUUGACAUAUCUGAUUGCUUUAGCAUUAAGGAAUUGCCUGAAGACAUUGGAGAAUUGUGCAAUUUAGAAAGGCUCAACAUGAGACAGUGCUCGAGAUUGAAUGAGUUGCCUUCUUCAGUUUUGGAUCUUGAACAGUUGAAGGAAGUGACAUGUGAUGAAGAGACUGAAAUUUUAUGGGAACCCUUUUUACCCUUUCUCAAGAACAUACACAUGAAGGUUGUGAAAGAAGAUAUCAACCUGAAUUGGCUCCACAAGGCACAUUGCUGAGACGUAUUCUCUCAAAUAAAUGUUGGGGCAACGUCUGUGUGAUUUGUGAAGGUUGUCAGAGGGCUGGUUUUCAAGGCACAUUACAACAGGUAUACUCCUUGCAUUGGAUGAUUCUCUCCAUCAAAAUACUGCAAGCACAGCAAGCAAGGGACGUGAAGAUUAUCUUGGUAAGGGGAAAGAAUAUGGAGGCAACGAUCAAAGGAAUUGAACAAGGUAUGCUACUUGAUCAAAAUGAACUUAAUGGUUGAGCUAUAGCUCUUAAACAGCAAUCCUUCAGAGUUGGAUUGGAGGCGCCUUUAACUCUUUAAGAGGAAGAUUUAGGUGGUCAAAGAAGAGUACAACCUAGAAUGGAUCUACAGUCAACAAUCUUGAGAGCUGCAUGUCUGCCACAUUUGUGUUUCAUUUUCAUUCUUAGAUUUUAGUGUUGAGAUUUUUCUUUCCAAUAAACUGUUUUGCAAUGUCUCUGAUGGAUUUAUUUUUUCUUUCUUGAUGUUCUUGUUUGGUAACCAAGGCUCUUGUAUAUUAUUUCUCUUACACAUAUAGCAGCAUAGUAAAAGGAAAGUAUAUGUGUUAUUAGGGGAUUUGAAUUUACGAGUUGUACCAUUAUGUUUAAACACAUUCAUGUUGAGUACUUAUAGAUGGU